UGUCGUCUGCUAAUCAGUCAGUUGUGCCUGCAAUCUCGUGCGUCACUUUGCGCUCUCUUCAUCAUCCCCAUAUGAUAGUUACAUUUUCUUGAGUUUCCUAACUGUGGAGAUAGGAAUGUUUGUCAAAAUGAGGACUUUGAUUCCCGGCCUUUUCUCUUUCAUAUAUUUUAAUGAAUUUAUGAGAGUUUGUGGUACAUUGACAACUUUAGAGCAAGUAACAGGCAUGAUGGGAGAAAUGGUCACUUUGGAGUGUGAAUAUGUCAACCCUCCUGGCCGGAAGUGGUACGUCAUCCAGUGGAAGAGGAGAAACAAUGGAACGGAUCCAAAAACCAUUGUCACGCUACAAAACAACUUCUUAACAGAGGACACAAAGCCUUUAGGAGCCUCAUGGAACGAUAACCUUGACCCAGGUUUUCGCAGCCGGGCAAGGACAAAUAUUCGACAGGAUGAAAAUGGCUUGAAGUUUAACCUUGAGAUCUACAACUUCGGUUGUAACGACAGGGGACUAUAUUCGUGUGAAAUGAUUGGGGAUAUCUCUGCCACAUCAUUGACCAAGCUUGUUCUCAACGCCAAUCCCGGGACACCCGUCAUCAACAAUGACGUCAUUAUUGUGGAAGAGAACACCACGUGCGAGUUAGAAUGUGAAGUUUUGGCGGGACUUCCCCCCGUCAAUCUGAUUUGGCUCAUCUCUACCCCUGACAGUUCCAAGUAUGAGCCAAUAGAUAAUCUCCCAAAACAAAUUGUCAAGCGGGGCCCGGAUUGCCGACCCAGGGUCAUUCAGCAUGUGCAGUUGAUGAUUACUAAAGAAAACAGUGACUAUAAAGGUAGAGUUAUGAAAGCUCAUCUGUUUAGAUGUCAGGUUGAUAGCAGUACUCCUGAUGUCUACUCUGAAGAUUUAUAUGAUGAAGUUCAAGUCAAAAUACCUGACCCCGUUCUCCCAUCUUCCCCUGCCUAUACACUGGCUUGUGCAGAAGAAGAGUGCCUAUCAGAUGGACCAAUAAUAGACAAUAGACAUAACAGUGCAGCUAUAACAUUUUCGUCAAUUAUUCCAUCCGUUGUCUCCAUGAUCAUUUGCAUAAUUUUAUGACGUCAUAUGCACCGUCACGAUAAUGGAAUUCAAGGGAAGUCGUUCUUUGCACGGGCAAGUGCCAUUGGAUGCCUGUGACAGUGAAAAUAGAUGUUUAACUCUCAGAAAUCCAAUAACUAUAAAAUUAUUAAGAGUGUAUUUAUUUUUGCGUGCAUGGUUUGAAAGAGUGUGACUUGUUUAAUUUAAAAAAAUGAAAUGUGUUGUACUUGAUCUCAACAUAUCCACUACAAAUCACGACAGUUACUUGGAUAUUCAUAUGAUGCAUUGUUCAUAAACUCAACUGCAGCAAUCUCUUUCAUCAUCAUGAAUGUGUGGAUGUCUAAGUUAGUAUUACUGAGUGGUUCAUUGUAAAUGUUCUUGCGAUUACAUGUUCCUGUAUGACAUGAAUGUAGAUAACAUGAAUUUGAAUUGUUACAUCACAAAUGUUGUGUAAUUUUAAUAUUUAUUUGACAAUGGUUAAAAAAAAAACACGAUGCAUUUUACCAGUAUGCCCCGGUGUAUAUUUUCUACUCAAGGGAUUAGAAUGAAUUAUGUAGUGUUUUGGAAUCUCAUUGUUGCCAUUUUUUUAUUACCCAUUCUACAAAGGUAGCACUUAGUUUACUUAAGUGUAUUAUCAAUUUAAUACUCAGUGGAUGCAAUGAAUGAGUCGAUUUUAUAUUCUUAGAUUUUGUAUGAAAUGUAGUUGAGAAUUCUUUUAAAAAGUUAACAAAAUAAACUUGAAAAUUCGA